AGACUGUGUAACUCAGUUUUUCAUAAUCUUUACGCCUGUUUACAUCUCGUAGACCCCAACAAGAAACUUUUUAAAGCUGCAGUGCACGUUUUUUGCUAUAGCUAUAAGUGACACUUUCGAGGUUUGUUAUUUCAAAAAAAUGGAUACAAGAACUGGGAACGGUUUGCGGGACAAGAACAAACGGCCUCUGCGAAAUAAACGAUAUAACAGAAGAGCAUAUGGUGAGGAGAAAAGACCACCCAAAAUGCUUUUUACUCCGGAGAUUAAGAGAUAUUUAAAAGAUUGGUUAGUUCGAAGAAGAGAGAAUCCUUAUCCCAAUCGGGAUGAAAAAAAGAUGUUGGCUGUGCAAACGGGUUUAACUUAUAUACAGGUGUGUAAUUGGUUCGCAAACUGGCGACGAAAACUCAAAAAUGCCGGCAGAGAACCGCAUAAAAAAACAUGGUCAUCUUUGAUCAAAACCUACAACAACCAAGUUCAAGGAAACGUUGAACAUUUAAGUAUCUGCUCAAACGAUAGUAUAUGGGAGGAAUCAGACAAAACAUCGAGUUACACUAACGACAAAUAUGCACAAGAGAAACAUUUAUACGAAGAAACAUAUUUUAACAACAAUAACAACGACAUCCAAAACCAGUGCUAUUACAUUAGUUCGACAACUGAAAACGAUCACGAAAAUCCAUUUUCCCAAAAUACGUGCAAGUACAAAAACCACAUGAUGGAAAAGUAUUUAAGGGACUGUCAAAAACCCUUCCAAACCAGUGACGACACUAAACCUAUGAUGUCAAAAUGGCUAAAAAGUGCAGCUAAUUUCAUACCGAGUGAAAGCAGUUACCUCGACUGGACCUUAAGCAAAAUAAAUAUUAACAAAAAGAGAUUAAAGAUUAACGAACAUGGUGUAGACGUGAUGAUGCAUGGUAGGGAAGAGCUCGAUGCUGCUGAAGCAUUGACAACUUUAGCAAAUUCAAUAUACAAGUUAUAAAAAUCGCAAAUAUUGUUGAAUUACACUACUUCAAGAAAUUAACGCACCGCCUUAAGGGGGCUAUGGCUAUCCUAGUGUAAAAGUACUAAAUUCAUAUACUUUUUUGGGAAUUUCUAAAAGAAAAUGCAAUGUACCAAUUAUUUUGAAAAUUUGCAUGAGCAUUUAUUAUAAAAAGAAGUAUAUGUAAAAAAAUUUUCAUAAAAAAAUAUUGAAAAUUAAACGAUUUAUGUGCCAUCUACUGGCAUCGUGAAAAUAAUAAUAUAGCUCUACUGCUGCAGUGAUUGAGACUAAUAGAGAUCCUAAAACAUAAAAUUUCAAUACCAUCAACUAGGGGUUUUUUGAUCGGAUCAAAAAUGCCAAUUUGGCGGUUUUUGAAAACUGAAAAUGCUUUAGCUAAUUAAAAAAAAUCAACACUUCGUCAUUCUUCCAAAUUUUAAUAUUUUUCAAAAAUUCUAGUUGAUGGUAUAGGAAAUAUCUUAUAUUUCAAUAAUUACUUUGAAAUUUUAUGCUUCAGGAUCUCUAUUGGUCCCAAUCACUGCAGCAGUGGACCUAUGUUUUUAUUUUAACGGUAUCAGUAGAUGGCGCAUAAAUUGUUUAAUUAUCAAUAUUUUUUUAUGAAAAUUGUUUUACAUAUAUGUACUUCAUUUUAUAAUAAAUGCUCAUCCAAAUUUUCAAAACAGUUGGUACAGUACUUUUUAUUUUAGAAAUUCCCAAAAAAGUAUAUGAAUUUCGUACUUUUACACUAGGAUAGUCCCUUAAAAAUGGGUCAUUUUUGAUGUCUCGAAUUUCCUAAAGCUGUUUUCCGAUUAGAGUGAUCUUUCUAAUACGUUAUAGCCUUAUUCUGUAUCAAUAUCGCUGUAACAAAAUUGUUGCUACACAGGUAAAUUGUCACUGUACCUAUAUCGGGUGUACCAAUCAAACUGUGUUUUUUUCACAUCACCACACCCUGUGGAAUAUUUCAGCAUCUAUAAAAUACUGAAAUUAAAGCCCACCUCUAUAGCCUCAGGUUUUUUUAACAUUCUGUUUUUUGAUUCAUUCGCUUAUGUUAGAUAAUAAAAAAGUUAGGUACUUUAACAACUAGCCAUCUUCAUCAAUACAGGAUGUUUCUAAAUAAGUGCGGUAAAAGGGAUAAUUCUGCAUGCAAAAAUAAUGAUAGUUUUCUUUAUAAAGAUAUGUCCGCAAAUGCUUCGUUUCCAAGUAGUCUAGUCGCAACAUAUAGGGGGUCCCGUGGGCACUUUUAGCUCGCCGCGAUUUGAUGGUGGUAUUAUAGGUUUUUUGGAUCUCUGAAUCUAAUGGAAGUGGAAUUUGGAAGCCCAAAUGUGGUGCGAUUAAUUGUUAUUAAUAAAUUAUGGUGAAAUUAGAUGUUUUUCAGGAAUUAUUAGAAGCCCUGUAAAUAAAUUGAUAGUGUUAAGGUCUUCUCUGGUGUAUUUUUGGUCGCGACUAGUCGCGAUUACUCAAAAUAUUUUCUUAAUUUGUUAAUAACAAAAUAAUUGUUUAUUCGCCGAAAAGCUCGAAAUGCGCUAUCUACAGCAAGUUUGUAGUCUUUUUCAUGGUAUUUUUAUACGCUAUAAAUCGAUUGCCACUAGUCGUGAUAGCUUAGACCACGUUCCGACUUGGUUAUUAAUAAAUUAUUGCAAAAAUAACGGUUUAUAGUACGUUCACUCACGGUUUUUACUCUAAAUUUUAAAAAACCACUUGGAUUGACAUGAAAUUUGGCAUACACGUAGCUAAGAUGUCAAACAAAAAAGUGAUAUUGUUCCGAUGCCUGCUUUUACUCUGGGGGUGAGUUUCACCCCUUUUCGGGGGUGAAAAAAGAAACCUUUAAAAUAAGUCCGGAAGUGGAUAAACUGAUUAAUUCUAAGCAACUCUUGUUUUAUAGAGUUUUUUCACUAAGUCAAUACUUUUCGAGUUAUUUGGUUUUUUUUGUUGGAAAAUGAACAUAUUCACUCGCAAAUAACUCGAAAAGUAUUGACUGUAAAAACUCUAUAGGACAAAAGUUGCUUAGAAUUAAUCAGUUUAUCCAAUUCCGGAAAUAUUUUAAAGGUUUUUUUUCACCCCCGAAACGGGGUGAAACUCACCUCCAGGGUAAAAGCACACAUCACAUCAGCACAAUAUCACUUGUUUUGUUUGACAUGUUAGCUACGUGCGUGCCAAAUUUAAUGUCAUUCCAAGUGGUUUUUUAACAUUGAGAGCAAAAACCGUGAGUAAACGUACUAUAAACCGUUAUUUUUUCAAUAAUUUAUUAAUAACAAAGUCGGAACGUAGUUUAAGCUAUCACGACUAGUGACAAUCGAUUUAGCGUACAAAAAUACUAUGAAAUAGACUACAAACUUGAUGUAUAUAACGCAUUUCGAGCUGUUCGGCGAAUAAACAAUUAUUUUGUUAUUAACAAAAUAAGAACACAUUUUAAGUAAUCGCGACUAGUCGCAUUCGAUUCAGCGACCAAAAAUACACCAGAGAAGACCUUAACACUACCAAUUUAUUUAGAGGGCUUCUAAUAAUUCCUGAAGAACAUAUAAUUUUACCAUAAUUAAACGCACCACAUUUGGGCCUCCAGGCCACUUCCAUUGGAUUCAGCGACCCAAAAAACCUACAAUACCAACAUCAAAUCGCGGCGAGCUAAAAGUGCCCACGGGACCCCCUAUAUGUUGCGACUAGACUAUAAAGAUACGGAAUGUUGAAAUUUUUCUUACAAACUGACGAUUUAUUUAUUGCUCUAAAACCGGUUGAGAUAUGAAAUUUGGUAUCUUUUAAGAGUUAGUUAUUUCUAUUUCGCAUUUUUUGACACAUUAUUAAGAAUUUUAUAUUCUCCUUUGGCGCGCAGACGGGUCAUAUUACCCGUAUGCACGCCAAUGGCGAAGGCAUUCCAAAUCGCGUGAUAUAAUAUGGCUGCUGGAUGGCAUGGCGAAACUGUCAUCCAUAGGCGUAUCCAAUGUUUAAACCACUUCAUAUUUAAUUUGCUAUGACAAUUUCACAACUUUCGCUACACAAUUAACAAAAAAAGAAUGUGUGUGUACUUUGUACGCACGUAAGAAGUUAUACUUCUAUUAUAUGAUUAUAUGAUUAUAAACGAAAUUAAUAUACUUUUUAUUUAUAUUUUAUUUAAAUAUUAAAUUAAUUUAUACUUACUACUUCUCAAACAUUUUUAUUAAAACAGUGCCAAAAAUUAAAAUAAUAAAAAAAUAAAACACACACAAACACAUUAAAAAUGCCACAAAUGAUUUCUGAACAUUAAUUGUCGGAAAAUUUUUUAACUAAAUACGUAUUUUCUGAAAAUAAAAUUAUAUAAUAAAUAUACUUACAAUCAUAAAAUGUAUAAAAAAAAAAUAAAAAAAUAAAAGUUACUAUUGGGAUUCGAACCACAACACAUUAAAAAUGCCACAAAUGAUUUCUGAACAUUAAUUGUCGGAAAAUUUUUUAACUAAAUACGUAUUUUCUGAAAAUAAAAUUACAUAAUAAAUAUACUUACAAUCAUAAAAUGUAUAAAAAAAAAUAAAAAAAUAAAAGUUACUAUUGGGAUUCGAACCAACUUACCACGCGGCUGGUAUUUGAGUUGUAUUGGGAUUCACUCGCAUUAAAACUUCGCCACAGAGACAGCUUGUCAUUAUGUGCGAAGAUCGUCUAACUAAACAGAUUAACCUUUUGACAUUUUUAACUUAUGUAAAUCAAAUUAUUUUGAUUUUGAAUUGAAAUGAUUUAGAAUUGAAAAAAUACAACAAAACAUAGAGUAAGAAAACAAUAUAUUAGGUGAAUAUUGAUAGACAUUUUGAUGGUAAUCAAAUUAUGUAAAUAAAAGUAUAACAUACUACUUAUGUAUUUUGGUAGGUUCAAGGUAGGUAUCGGAGCCCGUAUAACGACUAAUAAAUUUCGCAAUCACUUGCGUCGUGCAAAGUGGCUAUGUUCAAAUAUCAUAACAAAAUUUGAUCAACUAUUUAUAAAACACUUACCAGUGAAAGAUUCUUUAGCUUUGAAUAAGCGAGAUCUGCGGCAGGCAUACUAUAGUCACAGUUUGAUGAGCUUUCACAUUGGCAUGCAACAAUCAUCUCUUCUAUGUAAAUAAGUCCAAAAAUAUAAUAUGAAAACUAUUUAAAAAGGCAGUAUAACCAUUAACUAACUUUUUGUUUGUUGUUUCUUUUCCUACAAAUUUUAAAACGCAACAAGCAUACAUUAUAACCAAACCACAGUCCCACAGCUGCCAUAUUGGAUAAUUUUUGUCAUGUCAUUUGAACAUCCAAUCAGAACAAAGUUAUAAUGCGCAUGCGCCCGGUCGCUAGGUUUUACCAUAUAAAAUUUCACCGUCAUUACGCCCGUAAAGAAGUAUAACUUCAAAAACAAAACCAAACAGGAUAUUCUUUACAAAUUUGUCAAUAUUCAAUGUAAACAUUAGAUACGCCAUGACCACCCCCCUUAACUAUGUCUAUGGCCAUGUCAGUUUAGCCAUCCACCGGCCACCACUGACAGUUCAUUGGAAUCCCUAAUUGUAUGUCAAAAAUGCGCAGUAAGUGCCUCUUAAAACCCAUCAAAUUAUAAGACAAAUUUCAACACCUAUUAUCUCGGAAACGAAGCAUGUGCGGACAUAAGUUUAUAAAGCAAACUGCUAUUUCUUUUUCAUGUAGAAUUACCCUUUGUAAGUUUGUCGUACACCCUGCAUUGAUGAAAAACAUGGCUAGUUGCUAAAGUAGGUGCCUAACUUUCUUAUUAUACAACAUAUAAGCGAUUGAAUAACAAAACAGAAUGUUAAGAAAAUCUGAGGCUAAGUUGGGUUUUAAUUUCAGAAUUUUAUAAAUGCUAGAAUAUUCCACAGGGUGUGGUGAACUUUGAGAAAAAACACAGUUUGAUUGGUACACCCGGUAGGUAUAAUGACAAUUUACCAGUCUAGCAACAAUAUUAUUACAGCGAUAUUGUUAAAGAAUAAGGCUAUACCAUAUUAAAAAAAUCACUGAAAUCGGACGACAGGUUUAGGAAAUUCGAGACAUCAAAAAUGACCCAUUUUUAAAGGUGAUACGUUAAUUUCUUGGAGUAGUGUAUUACUUACAUACUGUUUUACUAGUCUAAAAUUUUUACAAUGUAAAAAAUAGAUCAACGUAACAAUUACAUUACUGAUAAGAGCAUCCAAUAGUUUUGUAAUUAACUUUGUUAUUGUUAAGAGAAACUGUUGUUUUGUUUGCUAUUGUUAUUUAUAAAUCGAUAUGUGAUUAAGUUUAUUAGUAAUAUAAGUACUUUUUAUAUA